AUGCCCAUGGUACCAUUCGAAGAUGCACCGGGAUCUUUUCCGGAGGCGCUGCUAGGACCAUUCAUGAACCAGCCUACCCUUGUUCCGCCAAUAAAACAAGAGGACAACAUGGCCGGUGUAUCUAUAGAGGAGAUUGUAAGGUUAGUAGUGUCAGCGAUGAAGAAUUCUGGUAUAACGGAGGUUGAAAAGGAAAGCCCAGAGGAGAUCCUGCGGAGGAAGAGGCAGCAGAACAAUGAAGCCGCUGCUCGCUACCGUAAACGCCAGCGAGAGGCAAAAAAUCUAGCUGAAGGAGAGCUGGAGCAGCUUUUACGCCGAAACGAAAGUCUUCGUCGAACAGUGGAACGAAUGCAAAUUGAAAUCGCCGAACUGAAAAGGGCUGUGCUAGCACGGCCCAGCUAA